AACCAAAAUUCUUGUCCAAGCCAUUGCUGCUUCACCCACUCCACCACAUUCAUGGGUGCUUGUUACAGGACAUGUUAUAAACCUUGUCUUCAAACCCAAUACACUGAGGAGAGUGACUGGACACCAUUUGACCUCCUGUCUCGUUUGGUGAAAGAGUGGGAGGCCGCAGGGCAACUUCCUGAAAACAGCGCUAAGAAAACAAGACAAGUGAUCAUCAGACCAGGUGCAGUGUUAGGGCGUGACGGUGGCGCCAUGAAACAGAUGUUGAUUCCCUUCUGGCUUGGCCUGGGUGGGACGCUUGGCUCAGGACGACAGCCCUUCCCUUGGAUCCAUGUGUCAGACCUUGCUGGCAUCAUCGCCCAUGCCUUGGAGCCCAAAGAAGGACCACCAUCCACAGAGCCAGAUGUAUUUAAUGGAGUUUCCCCUUCAUUGAAUACCAAUUUUGAAUUCACUAAGGCAUUGGGCAGGACUCUAAAAAGACCUACUAUCUUCCCUGUGCCUGGCUUUUUCUUGGAUGUCUUCCUCGGUUCUGAGAGAGCUGUUAUCCUCACACAAGGCCAGAAAGUGGUGCCCAAGAAAACCCUUGAGUCUGGCUUUGAGUUUCAAUACCCAGAUCUUACUUCUGCGUUGAAAGAAAUUGUUGGAUAUUAGCAACCAUUCAAAACAGAGAAGAGACCUGAGGAGAUUUUUUAAGCAUACAAGUGCAGUAUAUUUCUUAUAAUAUAUACAUUUUAAAUUAAAAUUAAGCAUAUAAAAAAUAAAUCUUGCUUGUACUUGCUUGAUUUAAUGUACAUUCUCAGAAAGACACAUUGUUCUCAGCUCCUUUGUCGGUCCCCCUUAAAAAAUAUAUUUAUCUGUGUGUUCAAAAUGAGUACU